AUGGUUCCAACUCGUUACAUACGCCCCGACAAAGACCAAUGUCCAACCAUCUCUAACGGUGGUUCUUUCCACCAAAUACCAGUUGUGGAUAUGCAAUGCUUGUUUAGUUCUGCUGUGGAGGUAAGUGAUUUGGAGCUUCAGAAGCUGCAUUCUGCUUGCAAGGAGUGGGACGCUAUUACUUAUGAGAAUAACUGUCAGCGGCUGAUUAAUCAUGGAGUUAGCUCUUCAUUGGUGGAGAAAUUGAAAUCAGAAGUUCAAGAUUUUUUCAAUCUGCCGAUGGCUGAAAAGAACAAAUAUGGUCAAGAACCAGGAGAUGUAGAAGGAUAUGGGCAGGCCUUUGUCAAAUCAGAGGAGCAAAAGCUUGACUGGGCUGACAUGCUAUACAUGAUCACUCAACCAGAAGAUUUAAGAAAACCUCAUUUAUUCCCUAAGCUGCCUCUUCCUCUAAGGGGUCUUCAAGAGUACUCUAUAGAGCUCAAAAGUCUUGCCUUGAAGAUUCUCAACCUAAUAGCAAAAGUAUUAGGAAUGAAGCAUGAAGAAAUUGAAGUGCUUUUAGAAGAAGGGAUGCUUUUAGAAGAAGGGUUGCAAUCCAUGAGGCUCACUUACUAUCCUCCAUGUCCUCAACCUGAGCUGGUCACAGGCCUCUGCCAUCACUCUGAUCCUGUUAGCCUCACCAUGUUACUCCAAAUCAAGGAAAAUGACGCUUGGGUUCCUGUUCUUCCACUUCCUAAUGCUUUUAUAGUCAAGGUUGGUGAUAUCCUAGAGGUAAGGAUUCGCAUAAAUAUAAGGCUUUAUUGUGAAUUGCCCCAUUGA